AUGGAUGCUCGCCAUGCGGGGCCCUCAAUCGCGGACCAAGCCCCGGAGUUGGCGGCCAAGUCCGGCGCCGUGAUCCUGCUGCUCCUCUCCUCGGCUGCGCGCACCUUGCCGGAUGACUUCGCCACGGCCGGCCGCGAGCUUCUGGGCGCCGACUCCAAGGACCAGUGGGGAGGCAACAACCAGUGGGGCGGCAACCCGUGGGGCAACCAAUGGGGCGGCAACCAGUGGGGCGGCAGCAACUGGAACGGCGCCUGGGGCGCCCGCCCCAACUUCCGCGGCGGCAGCUGCCCGCGUGGCGUCGGGUUCGGCCCUGUGAACGCCGUGGCGUUCCCCCACCUGGGGCUGCUGGCCGGCACAUGCACUCUGUUCAAUAACGGCAACCGCCCCUUGGCCGCCCUCAACGCUGGCUUCGCACUGGGCGCCUUUCCGGCGGGCCUGCGCCCCCUGCAGGGCGCCCUGCGCUGCCCCAAGGCUGCCAUCCCUGCGUUCGGCAAGCUGAAGUGCGGCUUCGUGGCCCCCUACAAGGCCGGCUACAACGUCUUCACCCCCUACAUCUCCCCUCAGGGCGCCGGCUCGCCCUGCUACGGCGGCUUCGGCGGCCAGGGGCAGUUUGGCUUUGCGCCGUCGGUGUCGCGCGCCGACGCCAGCGCCGUCGCCGGCUCCAACUAUGCUGAGUCCGUCGCCAAGGCUCUGGCCCAAAGCUUCGGCGGCCCCGCCUACGGACUGGCCAAGUCGAAGGCCCAGAGCUUCAACAACAACGCCUUCGCCGCGGCCGACGCUGUUGCACAGGCGAUGUUCGGCUCGGCCACCGCCACCUCUGAGGCUGCUGCCAACUCCAUGUUCGGUCCCGCCCAGGCCAUCACUAGCGCGCUCGCCCAGAGCAUGAAUGGCCUCGCCCAGGCGUCUGCGAGCGGCAAGGCCGACACGCAGACGGGGCCUGCCGUGUCGUCCGUGAACGCCAACGCCGCCGGCGUCGGCCAGGGCGGUGCCGCCGCCGCCGACGGCUCCUCGCUCGCCCGCAGCGUCGACGGGCCUGCGCUCGCCAGCGGCCGCGCCACUGCGACCGGCCAGGGCGGCCCCGCCGUCGCGACCCUGCAGUCGGGCGCCGCCUCCCUCCGCGGAAACGCGGCCGCCGAGGGCGCGGCUGGCGCCUCAAGCUACAACGGCCCCGCCACCGCCGCUAACGACGCGGUCGGCGGCGGCGCCGCCGCCGGUCGCGGUGCAGCUGCUGCGCAGUCUCAGGGCGGCGCCGCUGUCGCGGCGAACCGUGUGGAUGCGGUUGCCGGCAAUGGGCCCGCGACUGGCCAGGGCUCUGCUGACGCCAACUCAGUCGGUGGCCCCGCAGCUGCUGAGUCAGUGGUCAACGCCGCCUCUGCCAACGGCCCCGCCGCCGCCGACUCGCGCGCCCGCGCCAACUCGGUCAACGGCGGCCCUGCCGUGGCCCACGCCUCCUCUUCAUCCUCUUCCGGCGGCGCCGGGCCCUGCGCCGGCUUCCCCAACCCCUGCGCCGGCUACGGCGGCGCCGGCGCCUCAGCGAAUGCUGCUGCCAAGGCGCAGUCGGCUGGCAAGUAA